UUUUCUCGACAAUUUUCUCAGAAACUCCUCAGCAAUGGCGAAACUUUUCGGCUGCCCAAUCAACGUGAAAGCAGAGGAAGAAGACGGCGGUGGUGGUAGCUCAAUCGCCGCAGAGGUCUCUCGAUCUAGUAACCAGCCGGACGGCGAAGCUAUAAGGGAAACCUAUCCGUAUUUCCGUUUCCUGGAGUCGAAUUCAGAUUCCGGAUCGGUUUCCAUGGAAUCUGAACCCGAUCUGCAUCACUGCUUCAUCGAUUUCUUCGAUCGAGAGUCGUUCGCAGCCUCGAAUCAGCGGCUAAGCACUUCGCAUAAUUUCGAUUUCUUGGGGGUUCAAGACAUGGAGGAGGAGAUAGAAUUAGGGCUCCGAGUCGGGUCUGGAUCCGGGUCGGAUGAUUCAGGUGAGUUAGGGCUUCAAGUUACCCGGAAUUUGGAAAUCUUUACGCGUCGGGUCGAAAUUGAUUCGGGUCGGGUCGAAACUGAUAUGGAUCGGGUCGAAAUUGAUACGGGUCGGGUCGAAAUUGAUUCGGGUCGGGUCGAGAUUGAUACGGGUCGGGUAGAAACUGAUACGGGUCGGGUCGAAAUUGGUACGGGUGUUGCUCCGGUUGGGGACGAUCUCUUCGUUGAUCACGUGGAGCCGCAGAACGCGAUCACGUGGGUUGAUGCAGAACCUGUCGAAGCCCAAGAAGCUGAACCCAUGGAUCAAGAAUGGCAUGGUGGUUAUUUUGAUGUUUUCUUUGACGAAUCUGUAGAUUUAGCGAUGGACGAUUUUUUUGAUUCCCUUUUUCCGAGUUAUGAAUAUACUGUGAACAAUGGAGACUACGAGGAUGUUAUAGCACGAACGUUCGAUGAGUCUGGAAUCAAUGGAAGUCCGCCAGCUUCCAAGAGGAUGGUGGAUGAGCUUCCUGAUGUGGAUGUCACCUCUGAAGAGUUGAGCAUAGGUUGCGCGAUCUGCAAAGAUGAGAUUGUGGUCGAGGAGAAAGUUAAGAGGCUUCCUUGUAGGCAUUACUAUCAUAAAGAGUGCAUUGUGCCUUGGUUAGGGAUUAGGAAUACAUGUCCGGUUUGUCGGUACGAGUUGCCUACUGAUGAUCUUGAGUACGAAAGGAAUAAGAGAUCACAAAGGGGUGUUUGGCAAGAGACUUGAAGUUAAUGUUGCUGAUUGGUUUGAUGUACAUAUUUGGCUGGAAACAGAUUAAAGGGGGAAAUAAAACUUUUGCAGCUAUAUCUUGGUGUUCAAGUUAUUUAGGUUCAUUAAUCUUUUAGGUUUUGCUGAGAAUUGCAGUCGCAGUUUGUUCAUUAGUUCUAAAUAUGAUUUUUUGGAAUGUGAAUUUUUGCUUGUUCAAGUCUUCUUUUUUGACGAUCAAGAUUA